AACAACAUCAACACAACACAACGUUACCGCGAACCAGGCCCAGGAACGGUGCAAUUGCGAAGGCGGGCACUUGUGAAGAAAAAAAGAAAAGUAAAGUGGCUCACAGAAUAGUUUUUCCUUCAUCAGCUGCUAAACCAAACACCAGAGACAUCAUGAACAGCAUCGGGGAAAACUGUACGCAGCUGAAGAAGGAUUACGACAACUGCUUCAACAACUGGUUCUCCGAUCGAUUUCUCAAAGGCGAUACGGACGAUUCGCUGUGUGCUCCACUGUUCAAAGUUUAUCAGCAGUGCGUAAAGGAAGCCAUGAAGCAGCACCAAAUUGAAUUUAAGGAAAUCGAAAACGAUUAUCUCGGCACAAAGGACGAGGAGCAGAAGCCACCACCAAAGGGCAGUUGAAGCGGAGCUGCGUCCAUUCCUGUUUUCCCUGCUGGACGGCUCGAGAAUCAAUCACUGCCGCUGGUGUGCUGUCAACCUGAGUGGUUGCUAGUCAAAUAAGCAAGCGAAAAGUUCAAUAUUAGUUAAUUACGGUUUUAAAUCCCUGGUAGCGGUGCUACAGGCGAUGAUCCCCAAAGUGAAUGUUGUGAUCAAAUCGUUUGGCUGACCGCGCGGCUGGCGAUUGAUGUGUUUCGUUUUCUUGACAUCCCUCAUUCCUUGAAUUGUAUUAGCUUAGUAGGAAUGAAAUCAAUCGAUAGCUCUAGCGCCAUACAGCCAUAGCUAUUCCAUCAAUCAUAACUAGUUGCACGCCUGUUAAGCAUACAAAAGUGGGUUUUGUUAAAAAUAAAAUACUUACAACAUA